AUGGCUGCCUUCGUCUCCCAAGACCCCGACGAGGGCUACUCUGAGGAUCCCCUCAAUCCCGGCUUCGGCGCCUCUCAGGAUGUCUCGUCUCCCUCCUCCUCAGCCGCCGCCGCCGCCGCCGCCCGCCCGCCCGCCGACUUGCCUGCCUGGCUGGUGAGACAUAUCCCCAGCCUUCCCGUCGCCGCCAGAACCGAGCUCGCUAUAGCCCUUCUCGACAACCUGCCUACGUCAGCCGUUGUGCAAAUCGUCCAGCGCCUCCACCCUCGCCUCUACAUUGACUUCGUCCACUAUCUCCCUCCAGAGGUCUGCCUGAAGAUCCUCGCCUACCUCGACCCCAUCUCCCUCGUCAACGUCGCCAAGGCCUGCCGCGCCUGGCAUGAACUGGCCCUCGACCGUAAGCUGUGGGAGAAGCUGUACCAUCUGGAGGGCUGGAAGGCCCUGUACCCCGAGAUUCGCCUCUGGGAACAAAAGGUCAACGAGGGCCUGAACCUAUCCGCCAGCUCCCUCCACAGGGUGCGCUCGUCCGAGGAUGGCCACACGUACAAGAAGCGCGCCAUAUCCGAGGAUAAUGACCUCGAGAUGACGGACGCCGGAGUUGCCUCGUCCACCGGUGUCAGGGAAGACUCCGUAAACUCUACCAGCUCCGUCUUUGGCACCAGCAUUUUCGGCAGCCCCGCCUCGUCCUUCACGGGCUUCCCUCGGAACUCGGCCGCGCCCCAAGCAGGAGACAUGGACGUCGACCGCUCCUCCUCUGGGCCCAAUAGCCGGAGCGGAGAGAGGGGUUUCGGCGUCGAUUCCAAGGGCAAGGGCACGGCCUCGCCCAUGCUCCGCGCAGCCCUCGUCAAGGAAGAAUCGCUGCCCCCCAUGAUUCCCGCCGACGCGCCCGGCGGUAUUGCGCGGUCGACACUGUGGUCCUGGGACGCCCCAAGCGCGAGGUACAGGGUCAACUGGAAGUAUCUCUACACGAUGCGCCGCCGUCUAGAGCAGAACUGGGAGCUCGGCAAGUUCUCCAACUUCCAGCUACCGCACCCCGACCACCUAAAUGAAGGCCACCAGGAGUGCAUCUAUAGCCUGCAGUACGACAGCGAAUACCUUGUCAGCGGCAGUCGAGACAAGACGAUUCGCAUCUGGAGCAUGCACACGCGCCGGUUGCUUCGGAAGCCGCUCGAGGGGCACACAGGAUCCGUUCUGUGCCUUCAGUUCGAUUCCGACCCCGAGGAGGACCUCAUCGUCUCCGGCAGCAGCGACUCGGACGUCAUUCUCUGGCGGUUCUCGACAGGCCAGAUCAUCCAGCGGCUCAAGAACGCGCACACCGAGUCUGUCCUCAACGUCAAGUUCGACAAACGGAUCCUGGUCACCUGCUCCAAGGAUAAAUCCAUCAAGAUCUUCAACCGCCGGCCGUUGAAGUACGGAGAUGCAGGAUACGGCGACGUCGACGUCGUUUUCUCCGCCCCGACGCACCUGCGGAACUACGGCUACGCGAACCCCUUGGAUGAGUUGCCCGUCAAGCCGCCCUACACCAUGAUUGGUGUCCUGGAAGGCCACGGCGCGGCCGUCAACGCCGUGCAGAUCUGCGAUAAUGAAGUGGUCUCGGCCAGCGGCGACAGGAACAUCAAGGUUUGGGACUGGGCCAAGCAGGUGUGCAUCCGGACGGUCGUUGGCCAUGGCAAGGGCAUCGCCUGUGUGCAGUACGAUGGCCGGAGGAUUGUUAGUGGCAGCAGCGACAACGAAGUCAAGGUCUUUGACCGGACGACGGGUCUAGAGGUAGCCAGCUUGCGAGCACACACCAACCUCGUCCGCACCGUGCAGGCCGGCUUCGGCGACCUCCCUUACAGCGCCGCCGAGGACAGGGCUGAGGCGAGGCGCAUCGAUGAACAGUACUUCAAGGCGAUAGAGGACGGAAUCAUCACCCCCUUCUCUGACCAUAACCGGAGCCGCCGGGCCCAACCCCGCAAUGCGGGCAGUCGCAGACCGGAAGACAUCACGGCAUAUGGCGCCGCUCUACCCCCCGGUGGCGGCGGCGGCAAGUACGCUCGCAUUGUGUCCGGCUCGUACGACCAGAGCAUCAUCAUCUGGCGCCGCGACAAGGAAGGCGUCUGGAAGGACACGCAACACCUGCGUCAGGAGGACGCCGCCGCCGCAGCCCAGGCUCAGGCCCGCGCGACCUCACAGGCUCCUGCGGAAGUCAUGCCUGCGGAAGCCAUGCCUACGGAAACCGUGCCCACGGAAGCCGUGCCGGCAGCCCCGAACCAAAGUGCGUUGCGGCACCUCAUAGCCUCGCGCGCCGCCCGCCAAGGGUUGCCCGCCGCAUCUGCUAGAGCGGCGGCCGGGGCUGCCGUCCUGGCCGACGCUGCCCCGGCCUUCAUGCAUCUGAUUGACACGGUCGUACCCCAAGGGCCGACCCAGCUCCGACAGGCCCUGCACAAUCACCCGAAUAUGGUGGCCGCAUACAGGGCUCACAUCCAGGCAGCCAUUGGCCGAGAACCGAACUCUCGGAUCAGGGACGAUCUCCGUGGCGUCCUGAACGCAGCGCUGUUGGAAGCCCAUAUCAACCAGUCCCGCGGGCUCGGGGGCAACCGCGAAGGGCCGACCAUCGUCCCACCGGCGCUGCCGUCACUUGCUCCGGCGGCGGCUGGUACAGCGGCUGGUACAUCCUCGGCAGCGAACGUGCCGCAGGUGCAGGGACAUUUGCACAUUCAAGGCCAGGGGCAGCCGGCACAGCCGACGCAGCCGGGCGCGCCCAUACAGGCGCAGGCGACGCCGGUGCCGGUCCAAGGAGCGCAGAACGCGAUCGUGCCGGACGCGGUGCACCACCCGCACAUCGCCAACGGCGACAACGGCCCGGCGAGGGUCUUUAAGCUGCAGUACGACGCCCGCAGGAUCAUUUGUUGUAGUCAAACAACUGUCAUUGUGGGUUGGGACUUUUGCAAUAAUGACCCAGAGCUGGAGGAGGUCGCACGAUUCUUUGGAACGGUUGAGUAG